AUGAAACUAUUUCUGGUGUUUGCGGCGAUAGUGGGCCUCUCCUUGGGGUACAACUACAAAGACAUCCACGAAAAGAGAUCCCGUGAUCUCAGCUGUAACUGCGGAUGGAGAAACUCUGGCAGGAUCGUCGGCGGAAAGGAGACCCGGAAGAACGAGUACCCUUGGAUGGUGUCGCUGAGCACUGGCUGCGGCGGAUCCAUCAUCUCUCCGUGGCACAUCCUCACCGCGGCACACUGCACCGCCGGCAGCUCACCGGAGAAGAUCACCGUUUCCGUAGGACGUCAUUCCAUGCACGAGGACAAGCAUGCGGUGCAAUAUAAAAUCUCAAAGAUCAUCGAGCACGAAUCCUACGACGAUAAGCAGAUCCUCAAUGACAUCGCCAUCCUAGUGACCAGCACUCCAAUAAGUUUCAACCAAGAGGUAGGCCCGGUGUGCUUGUGGAAGGAAAAGUCCAAUUUGGACGGAGAAUACAUCAAAGUCAUGGGUUGGGGAACUACCAAGGGCACGGCCGAAGAGAAUUUCCUUCGAGAAGUUGAUCUCAAAGUGAUCCCUCUCGACAAGUGCAAACAGUCCUGGUCUAACAUAGACAUGUCUGGGUCUCAGCUCUGUGCCCACGAGGACAGGAAAGAUUCCUGCAAUGGUGACUCCGGCGGUCCUUUGGUCUACUUGGACCAAGAGACGAACAGAUAUACCCAAGUCGCUUUGGUCUCUUAUGGAGUCUCCGAUUGUGGAAACAGCCCUUCACCUUCCGUCAACACUCAUGUUCCUCAUUACUACGAAUGGAUCAGCAAUGCUAUCGCUUCAUCCAAGCCAGAAGCGAAGACUUGCAUCAAGAUUUGA